AUGAAUAGUAAAGCAAUGUUGGAAUGGAUCAGAGACCACCCAGAAACCAAACCGUCAAUACCAAGGGAAAGUAAUGCACCCCAACAAGAUGGAAAACCGAUAACUGAAAUAGCCAAACCAUAUAAUGAUGCAAGAACCGUCCCAGAAGACGUGGAGUUAAAAGGGAAAUGA